AAACAAAGAAAAGGGGAGAAUUUGGUAUAUAACUUUGUAUCAGGAGGUUUUUUUUUUUGAUACUGGCUACAAGUGCACUGAGAUAUACUAGGAAAGCCAUAAGCAAACGUAGAGAAGAGGAAGGUAUCUCUUUUCUAAGUUUUAGUGGCCUUAGCUUUUUUGCACCCAACAAAAAAAACUUUUGAUUCAAUUCAUCAAUCCAAUACAUUUAAAUAAUAAAUUUCCCAAGAGAUGUCAAUAUUCAGCAUCUCAUGGAAUGAAGUGACCACCUCAGGGUCUAUCCCAUUGAGUCAAUUGCCAAUAUUUUUGGAAAAAUUAGAAUCUAAUCUCAUUCAAUCAACAAAUUUAAAGGACCAUCCAAUCUCCAAUGAUCCAUUCAUUUCACAAAAAUUAUCCUUAUUGAUGAAUCAAAUUCAAGAUGAUGGGAAAAUCUCUUGCCGGGAUGAAAAUAUCUUCCUCUCACAGGAACAAGUCAUUCAACUUAUAAAUACCAUUCUAAUAGAUCUUAAAUUUAUUGAUUUAGAAUCCCAAAAUGCAUAUGGAUCAUUCAAUAAUGAUCAUGAAUAUUAUUGCGAUGAUAUUAAUACCAUCACCAACAAAAAGGAACAAUUUGAAGUAUUUGACGAAGAUUUGGAUAUCUAUUCUGAUUCAGAAUUGGAUUCUGUAAUGGAUAUCAUUUCUUCAUCCUUUAUGAAGAAGAUACUGGUUCCGUUCAAUUCUAUAUCAGAGACUCCCUUUAUGAAAUAGAUAAACAUCAUGCCAGGAUUCAAACACAACUUGGUAGUUGUGAAGAGAUUGUUGAGCAACUCCGGAAACAUUCUCUUGGUGACUUACAAUGUUUAGAUCAAUUACAAAAAAGGAAUGAAGUUAAUCAUGAUAAACUUUUUAAAUUAAAAUUGGAAUUAAAUGAGUUGGAAAUUCUAUUGAUGAAUGAUAAGAAAGAUAUCUUAUUGAAACGGGAGGGAUUGAAUGCAAAUUCAGAUGCUGGACAUCUUAAUGAUACAACAAAUACAUUUUUAAUUUUACUUAUCUCCAUCACUCUUAUGAUCAUAUCACAUAUUUUAUCCAUUUAAACACCAUACAUAUACC